AUGGACUCAUACAUCGACGACAUUACCAAAACAAGCGCCAGGCUGUCGAACUACAUCAUGACACAUUUUGCAUUGGACUGGAAGGUCAUCGCCAGCAUUACUCUAUGCUUUGAGAUCUACGGUGCAGCCGGUCAGUCACCAGAUGGCAGAAUGUAUCAGAUCAAGUCCAAACGUAUUCCAUUGAUAGACAACUUAAAACUGCUGCAACUCUUCCCGAUCCCCGAGAAAAUAUCUAUAGCCCAGCGAAAAGAGGGAGGUGAAGGAGUGGGAGGAUAUUUCGGUAAACGCCAAAGGCUUGAGAAGCAGUGA